ACAAUGGUGCAAUGCACCAUUACACCCGGCAAAAAAUCACAGCCUAAACCCAAAACCGGUCCGAGGGAUGAAAGUGUUUUCGAGUUGGAUUUAAUACAACCCGAACCCACCUCCAAAGAGAUACUACUUAAUUGUGGAGCAUAUUUCCGGGAUACCAGUUUAAAGAAUUUCAAUGGAACUGUUUUGGGGUUUGUGACACCGUGGAAUUCCCAUGGUUAUGAUGUUGCAAAAAUAUUUGCACCCAAAUUGGAUAUCAUAUCUCCUGUGUGGUUCCAAAUAGUCAAACAGGCUGGGAAUUAUGUGAUCCAAGGUAAACAUGAUAUUGAUAGCCGUUGGAUAAAAUCAGUCAAGGAUAAGUCACGAAGUGGAGCGGCCAGCAGAACAACAGAAUUUUUUCCCCGUAUACUUUUCGAGAACUUCCGCAAUGAAGACUACACCAAAUUGUUGUCAUCGGAAAAGGAAAAAAUUAAAUUAGCCGAAGUCAUAAUAAGCUUGUGUAUUGAUCACGGUUUCGAUGGUGUAGUUCUUGAGUAUUGGCUACAAUUGGCUGGACGUGUUAAUGAGCAAUUUCUUAUCAAGCUUGCCAUUGAUCUUAGCAACGAAUUAAAGGCUAGAGAUCUGAAAUUAAUUUUGGUAAUACCACCCUAUCGACAACAAACUGCAAAUAUAUUUACCCAUCAACAUUUUGAUCAGUUGUAUAAACAUAUUUAUAAAUUUUCUCUAAUGACAUAUGAUUUUUCAAAUGUCCAAAGACCGGGUGCUAAUUCACCGUUAUAUUGGAUUAGACGUUCUAUUGAACAUAUAACACCAACAGCGAAAGGUGUAGACAUCGCAGAGAAACGUAUGAAAAUCUUAAUGGGCAUGAAUAUGUAUGGCAAUGAUUAUACACCCGAUGGUGGUGGUCCUAUUGUGGCUGGGGAAUAUUUGUCAUUGCUCAAACAUCUAAAGAAACGUUUGACAUAUGACGAACGGGAUGUGGAGAAUUUCUUUGAAGUGAAGACAAGUAGUGGCCGCCAUUAUGUGUUUUAUCCCACCCUCUACUCUAUAAACGAACGCCUUAAGCUAGCUCAGGAAUUAGGUACUGGUAUAUCUAUAUGGGAACUUGGGCAAGGUUUAGACUAUUUUUAUGAUCUAUUUUAA